AUGAAGGUGGAAGUACAAUGGAGGAAGUUGGUCAAACCGUCAGCGCCAACGCAGCACGACCGGCGAAAAUGGAGGCUAACAUCACUGGAUCGGCUUCAGAAGCCAAUUUACAUAGGCGUUAUCUUCUCCUAUAGAGAUAAUGCUGAGAACCCAGGAGUUGAUAUUUCUCAAAGGCUUCACCAAAUGGAGGAGUCACUUUCCAAAACCCUGACACUCUUUUAUCCUAUGGCAGGGAGAUAUAUCGAGGAUGAUGGUUGUUUUGUUGACUGUAACGACCUUGGAGUGGAGUUCAUCCAUGCCAAAGUGGAUGGCCAGAUGGAUAAGCUUCUCCAUGGAGACCCCGACAGGGAUUUCCUCAUUCGUUUGUCGGAAUACCCGACCAACGUAGUAGGCAAUCCGUUGGUUGUGAUUCAAGUGAAUGCGUUCGAUUGUGGCGGAUUAGCAAUUAGCGUGCGCUUUACACACAAGAUCGGCGACAUGUACACCAUGGCCAAGUUCAUCAAUUCGUGGGCUUCCGCUUGCCGAGGUAAUGUAGACACGAUAGCCUGUCCAAGUUUCGAGUUGUCAUCUCUACUCCCAGCGAAAGAGCUGGCGGUUCCAAACUCUGGUCCACAACGUAAUGGCAACAAGGAACUCAUCAUGAGUAAGUUUAGGUUCAGCGCUAAUGCUUUAUCGAAGCUGAAAGCCUUAGCUAGGGACAAUGCAAAGGAUUCGAUGGCCAACGAUUCCCAGCAUUCAAGGGUGGAGGUUAUUUCGGCACUAAUAGUUAAGGCUUUCCUCAAUAUUUGCCGAAAUAAACAUGGCGAAAAAAGGACUUUCGUAGUCUGCAUACCAGUUAACUUGCGCGAGAAAAUCAAUCUGGCAAUACCCGCGAAUUCUUGUGGCAAUCUUGUCGUUGAUGUGUGGGCGCGAUCUGGUCAACCAACGGCUGGCAAAAGCAAGUUGGAGUUCAAUGGAAUGGCAAAUGUAAUGCGCGACAUGAUAGCGUAUGCCAAAACGAAGUACGCAACAGUAGUAGACGGGGAGGAGUUAUGCUCGAUGGUGGGCGAUUCUCUAGCCGAAUAUGUCAAAAUCGCGGCCAGAGGCAAAGAUAGUCUGUUUGGUUUUACUAGCUGGUGCCGGUUCGGGCUAUAUGAGAAUGACUUCGGGUGGGGAAGGCCAGUUCUCGUCAGCAACGCGCCAUCGAACUUCAAAUCAAUUUAUCUUAUCGACGAUGAAGAGAGCGGAGGAAUCAAUGCAUGGAUAACCAUGGAUGAAGCUGAGACGAUUCUUCUUAAACAGGAUACGGAAAUCCUGAAAUUCACUUCCUAG